GGCUCAGCGCCGCUCUCUGCAGCUGUGCUCAGCGGCUGCUCCGUCCGCUAGGGCUGGGGAGGCCGCCAUGUUGGAUCCUGAGAGCCCAGCAGCAGCGGCCGCCGCCGCCUGUGGGUGUGAGUGAGGGGGAGACCCGGGAGCCGGGCCGGCGAAGGGGGGGCGUGUGGAGGAGCAGGAGCCGGCGGAGCGGAAAGCGGGGCGCAGGCUGUGAGCCCUCCCUGCCCCCCGCCGGAGGAAGAUGCCCUUAGCCCGGUGGGGCGAAGCCGGGGCAGCAUCUCUCCAUCCCCUGGAUUGAAAACACCACCACCAGCAGCAGCAGCAGCACUUAUUAGCACCUGGGGGCCUUACAUGUCCAGUAUCUCCUAAUCUCCUCCAGCAGGAGGGGGGACAGCCCGCUCCCCAGGGCCGACACCCGGCAGAAGGACACGCACAGACAUGGGAAGGAUUUGACAGGGUUCUUAGCCUGCCCCCCACCUUCCCUGGGUGGUGCUGGUAUUUCGGGGGCUGGUUAGCGCCCCACUCCACACACAGCAGAGAAGAAGGUGGGGGGAUGAAGCCUUUUAUUUUUGGGGAUCACUGAAAAGCCUUAAAAGGAGACUCGUUGAGGAGAAAGGAAAAGCCUUCCUCAGACAGGACUUGGCUGAGCCCUGAGGAGGGGCUGCUUCCAGCGACCUGUUCCCCCCACCUUUCUGAAGAAAUUGCCACUGAUGCAUUUACCGAGUGGUGCUGGAGGAGGUGGAGGUGGUGGGUAUUUUGCAGCCCUUUCCCUCCCCUCCUCUAUGCAUUUAAUUUUCUUCUUCCUUUUAUAUAUUUUUCCUUCUGCUGCUCCUUCCUGGGAAGUGAAUUGCUGAUGCAAACUGAAUGGGGCUUUUACACUUUAAUGAUGCAGUGGGAUUCUUUUCAGGAUUAUGUUGCAUGAUUUGAAUUUUGAAUGAAGGAGAAGCCCUUUUUAAAUAUAUAAAAAUAUCUAUUGCUCUAUAUAUGAUAAAUUGGUGUCAGUCUUGGUUGAAUUUCAUUUUAAUUAUUAUUAUUAUUUAAAUGUCAAGAGUGACUAUAUAUUUUUCUUUCUUUUUAAAAGUAUUAAAAUAUUUUUUUUAGGAUAACUCUUUUCUUUCAAAUGUGUAUAUACUGUAUAUGUGUAUGUGAGUGAAACUGACAGAGAUUCAGUUUUCAGACUAGGAACACUGAGGUGGAUUGUAAAUUCAGCACCACCUUUGCUACAUUGAUAUUUGUUUAAAAACAUACAUUGUUUUUAUUUUUUAACAAUCCAUUUAAAAGUUAGUUUUUUAAAAAAAAUUAAUAAUAAUAAUUAAAAAAGAAACCCCAAUACAAACUGAAACAACCAUGUCUGGAGAGGUGCGUUUGAGGCAGUUGGAACAGUUUAUUUUGGAUGGGCCAACUCGGACUAAUGGGCAGUGCUUCAGUGUGGAAACAUUGCUGGAUAUACUCAUCUGCCUUUAUGAUGAAUGUAAUAAUUCCCCCCUGAGGAGAGAGAAGAAUAUUCUUGAGUAUCUAGAAUGGGCCAAACCUUUUACCUCUAAGGUGAAACAGAUGCGACUACAUAAAGAAGAUUUUGAAAUCUUGAAGGUGAUUGGUCGAGGAGCUUUUGGGGAGGUUGCAGUAGUAAAACUGAAAAAUGCAGAUAAAGUAUUUGCCAUGAAAAUACUGAAUAAAUGGGAGAUGCUGAAGAGAGCUGAGACAGCCUGUUUUAGAGAAGAGAGGGAUGUACUAGUGAAUGGAGAUAACCAGUGGAUCACAACAUUGCACUAUGCCUUCCAGGAUGACAACUAUUUAUACCUGGUUAUGGAUUACUAUGUUGGAGGAGAUCUGCUCACCCUGCUUAGCAAGUUUGAGGACAGGUUACCUGAAGAUAUGGCUCGUUUUUAUUUGGCUGAAAUGGUGAUAGCGAUUGAUUCUGUACAUCAGUUACAUUACGUCCACAGGGACAUUAAACCAGACAACAUCUUGAUGGAUAUGAAUGGACAUAUUCGGUUAGCAGAUUUUGGUUCUUGUCUGAAACUGAUGGAAGAUGGAACGGUCCAGUCUUCGGUGGCAGUUGGAACUCCAGACUACAUCUCUCCAGAAAUCCUGCAGGCCAUGGAAGAUGGAAAAGGGAAGUAUGGACCUGAGUGUGACUGGUGGUCCCUAGGUGUUUGCAUGUAUGAAAUGCUUUAUGGAGAAACGCCCUUUUAUGCAGAGUCCUUGGUGGAGACCUACGGGAAAAUAAUGAACCACAAAGAGAGGUUUCAGUUUCCUGCACAAGUGACAGAUGUGUCUGAAAAUGCCAAGGACCUCAUUCGAAGACUCAUUUGCAGCAGGGAGCAUCGACUUGGGCAAAAUGGGAUAGAAGACUUUAAGAACCACCCAUUUUUUGUUGGGAUUGAAUGGGAUAACAUUCGGAACUGUGAAGCACCUUACAUCCCUGAAGUCAGCAGUCCAACUGAUACAUCAAACUUUGAUGUGGACGAUGAUUGUUUAAAAAAUUCUGAGACAAUGCCUCCACCAACUCACACUGCAUUUUCUGGUCAUCAUCUGCCAUUUGUGGGUUUUACAUAUACAAGUAGCUGUGUGCUUUCAGACCGCAGUUGUCUAAGAGUUACAGCUGGACCACCGUCUAUGGACCUUGAUGCCAGUGUUCAAAGGACUUUGGAGGAUAGCUUAGCAACAGAAGCUUAUGAGAGGAGAAUAAGGCGCCUGGAGCAGGAAAAACUUGAACUCAGUAGAAAACUGCAAGAAUCCACCCAGACAGUCCAGGCUUUACAGUAUUCAACUGUGGAUGGUCCAAUAACAGCAAGCAAAGAUCUAGAAAUUAAAAGCUUAAAAGAAGAAAUUGAAAAGUUAAGAAAACAGGUAACCGAUUCCGGUCAGCUGGAACAGCAACUGGAGGAGGCCAGUUCUGCACGACGAGAAUUAGAUGAUGCUUCUAGACAAAUCAAGGCUUUUGAGAAACAAAUUAGAGCACUGAAGCAAGAGAGAGAGGAUCUUAAUAAGGAACUGAUGGAGUCUAGUGAGAGAUUAAAAUCCCAAACCAAAGAGUUAAAAGAUGCACACAGCCAGCGGAAACUGGCCAUGCAGGAGUUCUCAGAGAUGAAUGGGCGGCUGACAGACUUGCACUCUCAAAAACAGAAACUUACCCGCCAGGUCAGAGAUAAAGAGGAAGAGAUGGACGUGGUGAUGCAAAAGGUGGAAAUCUUAAGGCAAGAGUUACGGAGAACAGAAAGACUCAAAAAAGAACUGGAAGUCCAUGCUGAAGCUGCAGCUGCUGAGGCAUCCAAGGACAGGAAAUUGCGUGAGCGAAGUGAGCAGUACUCUAAACAGCUGGAGAGUGAACUGGAAGGACUAAAGCAAAAGCAAGUUGGUCGCUCACCAGGCGUGAGCAGCACAGAACAUCAGCAAGAGAUCACCAAAUUAAAGGCUGAGUUGGAAAAGAAGAGUGUUUUCUAUGAAGAGGAACUAUCCAAACGAGAAAUAAUACAUGCUAAUGAAAUCAAAUCCCUGAAGAAAGAACUGCGGGAUGCAGAGAGCCAACAGCUUGCCCUCAAGAAAGAGAUCAUGAUCUUGAAAGACAAGUUAGAAAAGACCAGGAGAGAGAGCCAAAGUGAAAGAGAGGAGUUUGAAACGGAGUUCAAACAGAAGUAUGAACGGGAGAAGACUCUGCUAACAGAGGAAAACAAAAAGCUCUCAAAUGAGCUUGAUAAGCUCACCACCAUGUUUGAGAGGCUAAGUAUGAACAACCGACAGCUAGAAGAAGAAAUGAGAGACCUGGCAGAUAAAAAGGAAUCUGUGGCACACUGGGAGGCCCAAAUUACUGAGAUCAUCCAGUGGGUGAGUGAUGAAAAGGAUGCUCGAGGGUAUCUACAAGCCUUGGCCUCUAAAAUGACAGAAGAACUAGAGGCUCUGCGGAACUCCAGUUUGGGUGCAAGAGCAACCGACAUGCCCUGGAAGAUGCGCCGCUUUGCUAAACUGGAUAUGUCAGCAAGGCUGGAAUUGCAGUCAGCCCUUGAUGCAGAAAUCCGAGCCAAACAGGCCAUUCAAGAUGAGUUAAAUAAAGUUAAAGCUUCCAGCAUCUCUACAGAAUGUAAACUUCAAGAGUCAGAAAAGAAGAACUUGGAACUGUUGUCAGAAAUUGAAAAACUGAAAAAGGAGACAGAAGACCUUAGAUCAGAAAAGGGUGUAAAGCACCAAGACUCACAGAAUUCUUUCUUGGCAUUUUUGAAUGCUCCUACCUCUGCUCUGGAUCAAUUUGAAAUUGAUUCAGUUGAGAACUUUACAUUGUCUAAUACUCCUUCACGGGAUGAAGAUAUCAAGUCUCACCUUCAUUCAAGAUCUAGGUCUCCUUCCACAGCUAGUGACAUUGAACCAAUUGAGGUUACAGAUCAUCCUCCACGCUCGGUUCAUACACCAGCCAUGAGGACAGCAUAUAUUGGAUCAGGACUCUCUGCACCAAAGCCUAAGGCUCACCAGUUUGUAGUGAAAUCUUUUAAUACCCCUACAAAAUGCAAUCAAUGUACAUCUCUGAUGGUUGGUUUAAUAAGACAGGGCUGCACUUGUGAAGUAUGUGGAUUCUCAUGCCAUGUGACCUGUGCAGACAAGGCCCCAGCAGUGUGCCCAAUCCCUCCUGAACAGACUAAAGGCCCUCUGGGGAUAGAUCCACAGAAAGGCAUAGGAACUGCAUACGAAGGUCAUGUCCGAGUUCCUAAACCGGCUGGAGUAAAGAAAGGUUGGCAGAGAGCGCUGGCUGUGGUCUGUGAUUUCAAACUCUUCCUGUAUGAUAUAGCAGAAGGAAAAGCAUCCCAGCCCAGCGUGGUAGUGAGUCAGGUUAUUGACAUGAGGGAUGAAGAAUUCUCAGUGAGUUCUGUCUUGGCCUCUGAUGUCAUCCAUGCAAAUCGAAAAGAUAUUCCCUGUAUCUUUAGAGUUACAGCUUCCCAGCUCUCCGCAUCCAGUAAUAAGUGUUCGAUCCUGAUUCUAGCAGACAGUGAGAAUGAAAAGAGCAAGUGGGUAGGAGUGCUGAAUGAAUUGCAUAGGAUUUUGAAGAAGAAUAAGCUCAAAGACCGAUCAGUCUAUGUUCCCAAAGAGGCUUAUGACAGCACCCUCCCUCUCAUCAAAACAACCCAGUCAGCAGCAAUUAUAGAUCAUGAAAGAAUAGCUCUGGGCAAUGAAGAAGGGUUGUUUGUUGUGCAUGUCACCAAAGAUGAGAUUAUUCGUGUUGGUGACAAUAAGAAAGUUCAUCAGAUUGAGCUCAUCCCUAAUGAACAGCUCAUUGCAGUGAUCUCAGGACGAAACCGUCAUGUACGGCUUUUCCCUAUGGCAGCCCUGGAUGGAAGAGAGACGGAGUUUUAUAAGCUGGCGGAGACAAAAGGCUGCCAGACCAUAGUUUCUGGACAGGUACGCCAUGGAGCCCUUACUUGCCUAUGUGUGGCUAUGAAAAGACAGGUCCUGUGUUAUGAACUGAAUCAGAGCAAGACGCGUCACAAAAAGAUGAAGGAGAUCCAAGUCCUGGGAAAUGUCCAGUGGAUGUCGGUCUUCAGUGAGCGGCUCUGUGUGGGUUACCAGUCAGGAUUCCUAAAAUAUCCCAUGCAUGGAGAAGGGAACCCAUACAGUUUGCUCCACCCAGAUGACCACACCCUAUCAUUUAUUGCACAGCAGCCAACUGAUGCCAUCUGCGCAGUCGAAAUCUCAAAUAAAGAAUAUCUGCUGUGUUUUAGCAGCGUUGGGGUUUAUGUUGACUGUCAGGGCCGAAGAUCUAGACAACAGGAAUUGAUGUGGCCUGCAACACCAUCCUCUUGCUGUUACAAUGCACCAUACCUCUCAGUGUAUAGUGAAAAUGCGGUCGAUAUCUUUGAUGUGAACUCCAUGGAAUGGAUUCAGACUAUUCCACUCAAGAAGGUACGACCAUUGAAUACAGAAGGAUCACUAAACCUUUUAGGACUGGAGACAAUUAGAUUAAUAUAUUUCAAAAAUAAGAUGGCAGAGGGAGAUGAACUGGUAGUUCCUGAGACAUCAGAUAACAGCCGGAAGCAAAUGGUUCGAAACAUCAACAAUAAGCGUCGUUAUUCAUUCAGAGUACCAGAGGAGGAGAGAAUGCAGCAGAGGAGGGAGAUGCUACGAGAUCCAGAAAUGAGAAAUAAAUUAAUUUCUAAUCCAACUAAUUUUAACCACAUAGCACACAUGGGUCCAGGAGAUGGAAUACAGAUCCUCAAAGACCUGCCUAUGCCGUGUUUUCCAUAUCCAUCCCCUCAUCACUUCAGUCUGAUCUCCUCUCCGAGCAACUUCGAGCACAUCUAUCACAUGACUGUUAAUUCAGCUGAAAAAUUCCUCUUUUAUGAUUCCAUAAACCCUGCAUACUCCCCAUCUCUGCGCUCUGUCGCUGGUACACCAGCCUUUGUGACUCUGAGGAAUCUUCGGCCUCAGGAAAGUCGGACCAUGUUCAGUGGCUCUGUCAGUAUCCCAUCUAUCACAAAAUCCCGCACAGAACCAGGGCGAUCGAUGAGCGCCAGUAGCGGGUUGGCAGCAAGAUCAUCGGCACAGAACGGCAGUGCUUUGCGGCGGGAAUUCUCAGGAGGGAGCUAUGGAGCCAAACGUCAGCCUAUGGCAUCGCCAUCAGAUGGUUCACUGUCCUCUGGUGGUUUAGACCAAGGCAGCGACGUGCCGACAAGGGACUAUGAAAGAGAGGAUUCUGAUUCUCCAAGGCAUUCUACAGCUUCUAACAGUUCCAACCUAAGUAGUCCUCCCAGCCCAGUUUCUCCUCACAAGACCAAGAGUCUCUCCCUGGAGAGCUCUGACCACGUGAGUUGGGACUCAUGAACUGCUUCAGCAUUCAGAUCCAACAUCACUGCGGCUUAUUAUCCCCAUGGCUCCCCCUUCACUCAACCCAGUUCUCACUUUCAUCACCCUUACCACUCCCUCUGAAAAUGAUCUGAGGGGAAGGGAGAGAAGAAGAUAAAAGGUUUGCCUUCUCUAGCACUAUUCAGCGCUGCCUCGGCCUCCCCAGGUUUAGCAGAGGCAAACAAGCAAACCUAGAGUGUUGGUAAACAACAGAUGCCAUAGAUUUGUAUUCGUACUGGUUUCAUUUCAUGUGGCUACAGCUGCUUCCAUUAUUACAGAUAAAUUUACCCCACCCCAACUUGGAAAAAAAAGUAGCUUAACUAGACCAGAACAAUAUCAAUUAAAAGAAUAAAUCAGAUGGAUUGUUUCCAUACAAGAGCAGCACAGAGACCCCACUCCUGGUGGGAGCAAUCAGUCCAUCAGAGGCACAGGAAAGCUUUCAGCUAGCCACCAUGUUUGAAUGUCAAUCUGAUUAUCGCCAGCAAAUUCUUAUUAAAACGAUGCAUAUUUUACUACAGUAGAGAGUUUAAAUAAAUACACAAAUUUAAGAAUUAAAUACAUAUGUAUAUAUUCAAGGAGAAAAAGCAGCAUCGUGUAUGCAGAAGAAGAUGGAUGCCUAUUUAAGAGAACCUUUAAUUUAAAAAGAUUUGUGUUGUUCCCGUUUUCAUGCUAAAUAACACACACAUUGGAGGCAUAUAUACACACACACACACACGAGCAGGAAUGUUCCCUUUGGGUGACACUUCACUGUUUUAGGAGAAAUCUCCCACAGUGUGUUCAGUGACCUUUAUUCCUCUUGUCAGUAGCAGAACUAAAGCUGUAACCCUCAUUUGAAGAUGUCCCUGCCUGUCAUCUGCAAGAAUAACAUUGAUUUGAAAGUGAACCAUUCUCCCAUCUACAACAAAGAGCAACAUUCAACCAUGUUGUCGUCAUGGUUUCCAGUGGGGCGGGCAUUAGUUGUGCAGCUUGACACCUUUGGCGCUCAUGGAUCUCUACUGGAUACAGCAUACACCCUACGAUAAUAAUGGGACAGUGCGGAAAAAAUCAUAGGGGAUACCAUUUCUAAAGAAGGUCAGUGACUGACCUGGUUUAAUGAUGAAGGAAACGGUCUUCUGACCCUCCUCAGCCAUAUGUUAACCAGAAAGCUGUUAUAUUGAUUAUCAAAUACUAGCAUACAAUCUAAAUCAAUCAAAUGUGAGUCCUGUUAGCCCAAAAAGAGCCUCUGUGGAAUAUGUUGUUGCUGUGGCAUAGCGAAGAACCUUGAAGACGCUGACCUAAUACUGUUCAUGCUGUGGCAGUUUAAGACACCUGGUAGCCCAGAGCUGCCAUGCUGAUGAGGUUUAAUGAUUUCCCUUACCUGCCAUUUGGACUGUGGUUUCAAUUUUUUUCUAUACAAUACCCUGCUCUUUGAUUCCAACAGCGAUGCAGGUUGCAGGCAGAAAUCACACCACCAGAGGACAGGAUCCGCAGAAGAUGCAGGCCUGUCUUUCAGCCAAGAGCCUGACAUUUAAAUCAAGGGAAUAAAGAGGAGGCAAGAUAAAAAGCAAACCGCUGUCAAGCAGGAAGAUAGUCCAUUCCCUUUUCCAGUGUGAGCUUCUCUUCUCAGUGGGAUCAUUGCUAGCUUUAUGCCACAACCCCGCUCAAGCAUAUAAAGGGCUUUUUGUAUUUAGAAAGCUGGUUUUCCAAUGAUUUGGCAUUUUUUAUGGCUCCUAUCAAACCAUUCCAAGCGCUUACAGUCAGCAGUGUAACAUGUUUCAUUCACAUUAAUAGAUGCUGAAAUGAGUGGGAAUUUUCCAGGUUCCCUUCACUGAAGGAACUUAUGGGUAAGUUCAAGUAGGGUUCAGACGAAUUAGGUUAAUUUACAGGCACAACCAAAACACAAUGAUGAGACACAGAUCAUUGCCUUUACUGUGUAACCAUGCAGGGGUCUCCUAGGUGCUAGUUCUGUGUUUUAUUCUGCAUUGAGUGGAUUGUCCACACAUAAACCUGUCAUUCAAAGGUUGGUUGCUUGGUUGUUUUUUGGGGACGGCAAGGAGGGGGAAUACAAAAAUUUCUAUAAAGUAUCAUGUCAAAAUCCUGCCUGUCCUGAUUGGUGGUAUGUUGGUACCAUGUGUUUCGUUGUCACAAAUAAACUUGGCAUUGAAUAGUAAAAUCUAUACCAAACAGGCAAACACUGAGUCCCUUCCCAGCAUGGUAGCUUUUCAUGUCUUUCCAGGACACACACACAGACAUGUCAGAGGGACUUGCAUUAUUUAAAGUCCAUAGUCACCUUUUUCUUAAAGGUUGUAUAUUGUUCCAUGUGCACCAAAGGCUUCUCUUCCUACAAUUGCAUCCUCCUCCUGCUCCGGGUGUAGCCCACCAUGGCCUCACACGUUUCAAAGUGUUGCAGACUAGUUUUGUAUUUACUGUAUGUUGUAUUUAAACGUUAAUCAUAUUUUGAUGUUAACCUGUUAAAGGGAAGAUUUGAGGCUAUUAGCAAAAACCUGUGUGAUAAUUCCACAUGAGAGGGUCAGUUUAUCUGGAAUCAAACUGUGUAUUCCUUUUGCUUCAUCUCUGCUCCAUUUGAAAAUGGAACCAAAGAACCAAGGUACGGCUUACUUUUAAACUAACCCUAAACAAACCAGUACAUUUGCUUACUCUCCUCUUAUGGUGAAUAUGAACCUGUUUAAAUGUACAUUUUCAGAUGGAGCAUAGAUUUGCCACUUUACAGAGCUUAAUUCCAGAAGGUGAGACCCCAUCCUGUGAGGCCUCGCCUGUUAAAUACAGUACUUAUGUUGGCCUCUAGCCCUUGGCAGUGUCCUUUUCAAGAUGACUCUAUUUGGUCUGGUAUUGUACAUUUUACACAAAUCAUGCCUUUUAAAAAGAGGGAGAAACAGCAGUUGUUUUCUCAGUUGAAAAGCAAACGUCCAUAUACAUUAUUUGAAAGUAAAAGCAUUUUAGGAAUUAUAUAAGGAAUCGGUUCUGAUGGGUCUAUAUAAGUGUAGGCCAUUUGAAAUUUUUGUUGUUGUGAACACGUUACAAAACAUGGCUGUUGCAGGUGUGGUUUUUAAAUUCUCAUUGGGAUAAGAAAAAUAACUUGGUCAUUUUAACUGUAAGACUCUUGUCUGAGAUCUCAGAAGCAGUUGGCUUGUAAGGUUUGGUGUUUGCUACUAGGCAUUGUUUAAAGUUUCCAGUUAUAUAUGGUUGCAUUUAUCCAGGCAAUGUAUAAUCUCCCACUGAAUUUUGACUAAUAUAUUAGCAUAUGUUCUGUGUACACUAUAUAUAUCUAUAUCUCUCUCUCUCUUUUUUUAUUUUUUUUUUUGGCUAAGACUGAAACCAUUCUUCAUUUAUCAGGACAUACUCUGUUUAAGCAAAUGCCUUUGCUUCAGUCACUGAAAGGCUCCAAAUAGAUUUAAGCAUGUCCCUGAGGACCAUAGCUUCCAGAAUGAAAAAAGGUGCAGGAAAUCAAUUUAAGCUCCCCCGCAAAAAAUCACACUUCCCACAUUUCAUAAUUCCCAAACCAAGCUUUAGCACUUCGUCUGUUUCACAUACCACAUCUAAACCCAUUGCAUUUGCUAGUUUUAAAAUAUAGUUCUAUCACUUAGGCAGCUUUUCUCUCCAUCUCAGUCUCUUACUGGCUGGCUUGUUUGUUAUAAAUGUGGAUUAUUAUUAUUCAACAGUUUUGCAGUUCUGACUUGUGCUGUUAAGAGCAAUAAUCUUGAUUCUGAUAAAAUUACAAACACAUGUUGCACUCAGAUAUAUGGUUUAUGAAACAACACAGCAGAGGGAUGCAGUGUUCUCUGCAAACAAAUCAAAAGCACAGAUAAUGUAUUUGGUGGAUGUAGUUAACUACAACAACUGCCUUGGGCUUAAGCAAAACAUUCUUCCUAGAAGUGUCAGACUUCCAGAAUGAUACACCGCAGUCAGAAGAAUUUCUGACUAAUGGGGGCACGCUGAUAAUAUAAGUUUUGUACAUCAAGAAGCUUGGAUGGGUUAGACUAAAAAGAGAGCAGGCCCAACCACUGAAUGGUAGAUAACAAGAGUUCCUAAAAUUCCAGGUAGUUCUAGGUUAUUGGAAGCUUUUUUUUCUUUCAACCAUGUCCAUAAAAUUUGAAAAUUUUAAAGACGUUCACCAGGCUGCGAUUCACCCUUGUGUAGGGGGCUUAUGUACCACUUAAGUUCUCAGGCUAAGGCUUUAGUGGUAUGUAGACUUUGUGCAGGCCUGCUACACAGGAGCCUGGUCCAGACGCUCUGUGCUGACAUGAAUCUCACCCCACAGCUGUAGGCACAAGUCUAGCUCUAGAAGAUGAAAUGGACUUGUGUACUCAAUUCCUAUGUGAGAAAAAAGCUCCCAAAGAGCCAAUCUGCUGUAGAUCUCCAAGACCUUGUUGUGCAGUGAGGCAAUUCCACUACUUGUUUGUUCUUUCUUUCCAGCCACAGUUUAAAACAAAAAACAAAAAAAACCUUCAUUCAUGGAGAAGAAAUCCAUAAAUAAAACCACUCUUGGUAUUUCAGAGCAAUUAUACCUGCUUUUUUUAUGUAUGACAGUUUCAUAUCAUUUUUAAAAAAAUAUUUUUUAGAUUUUUUUCAUUGUAAUAUUAUUGUACAGUUUUGCAUGGCAUAGAUGUAAUCACUUUUUGUUUUAGAGUAUAAAAGCUGACAAGUGUGCGUGUGGGGAAAAGAUAUUGCUUUUUGCCUCUUCUCACUAUUUUAUUUUAUGCCCUCACUGUGGUAGGGGACAUUGUAAGAGAUUCUCUGCUACAGAACGAUGUAGAUUCUUUUGCACAGAAAUAUUUAAGGUGGAAUAGUCAACAAUGUAAUAAAUGACUUGACACCAAUAUUUUAUGUUGGUAACACUUAAUAUUAACCUACUUUGAUGUACUGCAAUAAAAACAGGGAACUGUUAGAAAUACA